GGUGGGAAAAAGUUGUUCUUCACAGAGAUGUAAAGGCCAGUAAUGUCCUACUCGAUGUUGAUUUUAAUGGGCGGUUGGGAGAUUUUGGGCUUGCUAGAUUAUAUGAUCAUGGUGAAAAUCCUAAAACAACCCAUGUGGUUGGAACUUAUGGGUAUAUUGCACCAGAGCUUGCUAUAACUGAUAAGGCAACUACUAGUACGGAUGUCUUUGCUUUCGAGGUUUUUAUGCUCGAAGGGGCUUGCGGACAAAGGCCUAUAAAGGUACAGGGAUUUGAUUAUACAAUUCUGGUUCAGUGGGUUCUGGAGAAAUGGCAAGGAGGAGCAAUCCUUGAGGCAAGUGAUCCCAGAUUGGGAGGUGAUUUUGCGAUGGAAGAAAUGGAGUUGGUUUUGCAGCUGAGCCUUUUUUGCUCACAAAAUAAUCCAGUAUCCAGGCCUAGCAUGAGGCAAGUGAUGCAAUAUUUGGAUGGAGAUGCCAUCUUGCCGGAAGUAUUUAUGGAUGCCGCAGGUGUUGGCAUGGCUGCAUUAGUUGGGAAUGAAAUGUCAAAUGAAUUUGCAAUGACAUUUCCUUCAUCAUCGUCGGAGAAUAUUUCUUCUAGUGCCCUAUCUGGUACAGAAUCACUCCUUUAUGUGGGACGUUAG